UUCUAUUUCUUCCUCCUUCCAGCACAGAAUCCUCUCACACACACUCUCUCUCUCCGAAGAUGUUGCUCGGCAAGAGGCCUCGUCCGUCUAUGAAGCGGACGACAAGCAUGAAGAAUGUUUCAGCAGAUCUCGGCACUACGGUGACAGUAUCCACACAGUUCCAUCCAAAGGCACCAGCUACCGGCGACGGAAAUCAGCCGCCGUGGGAUUCUAGAGACUGGAAUCUCGAUCGGCGGCGGAACGUGAUGGGAGCAUCAGGUUUAGUCUCGAUGGUGUCGCCGCGAGGGAUACGGUGGGGCUCAGCUGCGGUUGAGACGGCUCCAUUUCUUAGGGUUUGCGCUCUCUGCAAAGGGGUUCUCCAUCCCGGCCGCGACAUCUUUAUGUAUAGGGGUGAAAUUGCCUUUUGUAGCACGGAAUGUCGCGGGCAUCAAAUAAAGCUAGAUGAGAGGAAGGAGAAGGCGAAAUGCUCCGUCACCUCUAGGAAGGACUCGACUCAGACUCAAGCAAACACGCCGGCUUCUAAGGCCUCGGGCGGCGGCGAAACGGUGGCGGCUAGCUGAGCAACUUGAGAACAAGUUUACAUCUCCUAUAUUCUGUACAAUUUGUACAUGUCUUGAGGCAUAAGCAGGAUCCUGGACUAGAUUGGGAUGCCAUUUUGGUAUUUUGGCAACUUGUGCUGCCUUACUAGAGUUCAUAAGGUGGUCAUCAGUCCUCCUUUUUGUCUCUAUAUUGUUAGUUUGGCUCUUGUGGCUACUGAUAUGUAUUAAGGUUUGCAGAGGGUUUAUCAUUAAGCUUUCCUAUUUUUAUCCAUGGCUUGUGGGAAAGCAUCGAAGUGCUUAGUAUUUCAAUUAAUGUAAAAUCUUUAUUCCAACUAUUGUAAAAUGAUUAUUAUUAUUUUGGAUUAUGUAUUGAGAAGCAAGAA